UUGUUGAUGUUGAAUGUGCCACGUGGCGUUGCAUCUGCCACUGCUUUAUCUUUCCAUGGAGCUUGGUCGGUGUGGAAUUCCGGCGCCCUCCUUUUCUCUCAACCGGCCUUUGCUUCUCUCUCACUAGCUUCUUCUUCUUCUUCAAGUUUAUUCUCCGCACACUUGCAGAGUAUUUCGAUCCUCAGAGAUUGCACUUAAUUGGUUCAGCUCUCUAGCUACCAAAUUUACUAGGCAAAUUCAACCACGCAAAACAAAACUACUUUUAUAUAUUCUUCGUCAUCAUCACUGUGAUAGUCAAUCACCAGAAACUGCAGGUUGAUCAGGAACAAGAACCAGCAGAGAGGAUUUUGCUUCAUGGGAUCGAAGAUGGAGGAGAAGUAUAUAUCAUGAAGUAAGAAAGAGAUCGAUACCGGAAAUCAAGUUUUCUUGAGCUGAAAUGGUAAGUUUCCCAAUAGUGAACCAAUGACGAGAGAGUACACAUAAGAUGAUUAGGAGUCCCAAUACUAAUGAAGCAGAUGUACAAGCACCAGCAGGAAACUCAAGUGCUCAAAAUGAAGCUGGAAAGACCUCAAAAUUAGCUUUGUCAUCAUCAACUUCUCGUUCAAGUACUUCAGCAACAGUAGCACCAUGGAUGAGGUUAAGUAAAGAUCCAAGGAUUGUACGCGUAUCGCGUGCUUUUGGAGGAAAGGACAGGCAUAGCAAAGUUUGCACUGUGAGAGGGUUGCGAGAUCGGCGUGUGAGGCUUUCGGUACCUACUGCGAUUCAGUUGUAUGAUCUUCAAGAUAGGCUUGGCCUUAACCAGCCUAGCAAAGUUGUCGAUUGGUUGCUUGACGCGGCCAAGGAUGAUAUCGACCAACUUCCACCUCUUCCAAUGAUGCCUCCUGCUCCCGGGAGCUAUGGCGGUGGUGGCCUAGGCCUAAUGAAUCAUCAGUCGCUCCUGAAUAUUACUCCAUCAUCUCUUGAUCAAAACAUUGGAGAUCAUCAAGGGUUUAGAACCAAUAUUUGGAGAUCGACAAAUGAUGGUGAAGAAGAUCAAGAAAACGAUAAAGAUGGGGAAGAAUCAGACGAAGAUGAUCAUGGAAAACAAGAAGGGAAUGUGGUUGAUCACGGUUCAUCAUCAUCAAACAACUUCUUGAUGACCAGAACUAGUACUACUACCAAUCAUCCAUUGUUCUUUCCAGGUCUUCUGAACAAUAGUAAUGCCAUGCCUAAUUACAGUUUUCACAAUUGGGAUCAGAACCAGUCUUCAAAUUUUCCCCUAUCUCAUCAGUUGGGUAGCCAUGGAUUCACAGCUCACAAUUUCAACGUGGCCUCCUUGCCUUCCACAUUGUCUUUAUCAACUGGAACAACGCAAUCUUAUUUUCCUUCGCAUGCUACCACGGAUGCAGCAGAUCACCAGAUCGAUAUUCCGAGACAGUUCGACCACCACAUGCAGAAUUCUCAUCAUCAAAACCUCUUGGCCAGUUCUGUAUACCCUAGCCAGCAGUCUAUGCAGAGAGCAACGCCUCAAAAUUUGAUGAGUAUGAUCACAAAGCUUGCUCAUUCUUCUCAGCCAAAUAAAGACCAGAAGCCUCCUUCUAGGUGAUACAGCAAGCUGCUACAUAUAUAGCAUAUAGGCGAUGCUAGUCCAAGAGUGUACUCAUGAGAAGUACUAAUGACAUUUCCUAUAGCUUCAACUAUUAGAAAUAAAGUAUGCAUUCAUGUCUCUUGCACCUUUAAACGGAGACGGAGAGCUGGU